AUGGACUGUGCUCCACAGAUAGCUCAAGCAAUAGAAGAAAGCAUUCCACAAGCUCAAAUACUUUGGUGCGGAGUACAUGUUCUUCGUGCAAUUCUUCGCAAAUCAAAUAAGUUUUCUUCUCAAGAAAAAUUUGAACAAUUCUAUAAUUUGAUGAAGGAUUUAGUCUUCAAAUUAGAUGCAGAACAUGAGGAAGAAGCAAAUGCUGCCUAUGAUCAAGUUCUGGAGUUGCUCGACACAGAUCCAACAGCAUCUCAAUACUUUAACAGACAAUGGCGUUACAACAUAUCAAGAUGGAUUGCUCGCGACAGGCGUGAAGGCGACGCAACUAACAAUAUUGCCGAAGCUCAUUUUAGAACACUCAAACAUGACUAUUUUCCUGAUCGAAAAAAUCUCAGAAUUGAUGAUGUUAUUAUAGAAAUUUAUACAAAAGUGAUACCAUCUUUCGUUAUCAAACUCAAAAUUGAUCAAAAUCCAGCAGAUGACCGUGUUAUUAGGAUCAUGGAAAAAGCAACUAACGCAUAA